GAGAGACGCGGGAAGGGCGGAAGGGGCGGGGGGCGCCCCCUGGCGAGGAGGAGUCUUUUAUGGGAAAGGGGCGGGGCUGAGGCGGGGCUAAAGCGGUUUCGGGCUCCGCCCAUCACCAGUGGCCACGCCCUCUCCGGCGCAUGGGACAGGGGGGGUGACACCCCCCCUCCGGGGGUCCCAAAUCCCUCCGGGAUCCUCCGUCCCCAGGGAUCCUCCAUCCUCCGGGAUCCUCCGUCUCCGGGGGUCCCAAAUCCCCCCGGGAUCCGCAAUCCCCCGGGAUUCCACAUCUCCCAGGGGUCCCCCAUCUCCGGGGAGUCCCCCAUCUCCCAGGAACCCCCCGUGCCCCCGGGGAUUCUCCAUCCUCCGGGAUCCCACAUCCCCUCGGCAUCCCCCAUCUUCCUAUUCCCAAGGGAUCCCCCCUCCCCAGUGACCUCCUGUCUCCAGGCUUCCCUAAUCACCCAGGACCCUCGGGAAUCCCUUAUUCCCCAGGAUCCCCCAUCCCCCGGGGUCCUCCAUCCCCCCGGGGUCCCCCCUCUCUGAGGAUCCCCCACCUCCAGAGAUGCCCCCCGCCAGGCGGGGAUCCCACGUGCCGCGGUGAUCCCCCCGCUCCGGGGGUUCCCACUGCACCCUGGGCACCCCCGGGGUGGGACCGGCUCCGUGCCCCCCGCCCCCCCGGGCUGAGCCCCCCGAGCAGCAGCACCGCCCGCCCGGCUCCACCUUAACCGGGGCGGCCUCGCCGCGCUGCCCGCGCCCGGGCGGCUCUGCGGGAGCGCAGGGGCGUUUAUCUCGCCCGGGAUCAGCCAAUAUUUGUGGCCACGUCAGGAGAACGAGCCCAUCCUCGCUCCCCGCUCCAGCCCCGCCGCUGUCCCGUCCCGGUUCUCGGACACGCCCGCUGGGACCCCCGCGCCGGAGAUGACGGUCCCGGUGGCCCUGCUGCUCCUGAGCCUCCUGCGGACGGCGGCUGCCAGGGGCGAGCGGUGCCCGGCCUGCGGGGUGGCCGCGCUGGCCCCGGGCGCGCAGCGGGACGCGCUCCUGGCGCUGGCCAAGCAGAGCAUCCUGGCCGAGCUCCGCUUGCCGGCCCGGCCCAGCGCCCCCCAAGCCCCGGGCCGGGGGGCUCUGCUGGCCGCGCUCCGCAGGCUACGGGAGCAGCGCUCGGACACGGCCGCGCUCCCGGGGAUGCUCCGGGACGGCCCCGGGACGGGGCUGCAGGAGUACGAGGUCCUGAGCUUUGCCGAGUCAGGAUCCUCCACCUCCCGCAGCGUCCGCCUGCAUUUCCGCUUCUCCCGGGAGCUGGCCAGGAGCACAGAGAUCCUGCAGGCCACCCUCUACCUGUUCUGGGCAGCCCCCAGCCCCGGGGCACAGCCGGUCACCGUCAGGCUCCUGUGGCCGGACCCGGCGGGGACAAACACGACGGUGGCCAGCGAGACGUGGCUGGAGGUGCAGAGACCCGGCUGGACCACGCUGGACGUGGGACUGGCCGUGCGGAGCGUCUCCGGACAGGACACCCCGCGGCUCACGGUGGAGCUGGAGGUGCCGGAGGACCGGGGGUCCCCCCUCCUGGCUGACCACAGCGAUUCCCACCGGCCGUUCGUGGUGGCCCGAGCCCGGGCCAGGACGCCCCACCGUGUCCAUCGCCGCGGCGUCGACUGCGGGGCGGGCUCGCGGAUGUGCUGCCGCCAGGAAUUCUUCGUGGACUUCAAGGAGAUCGGCUGGGAGGACUGGAUCAUCCAGCCCGAGGGGUACCACAUGAACUACUGCGCGGGGCUGUGCCCGCUGCACAUGGCCGGGAUCCCCGGCCUCGCCGCCUCCUUCCACACCGCCGUCCUCAACCGCAUCAAGGCGGCCAGCGCGGCCGCGGCCGUGGACUCCUGCUGCGUCCCCACCCAGCGCCGGCCCCUCUCCCUGCUCUACUACGACCGCGACAGCAACAUCGUCAAGACCGACAUCCCCGACAUGAUCGUGGACUCCUGCGGCUGCACCUGAGCAGGGCAGGGGGGGACACCGCGGGCAGGGCUCCCUCCUCCCGGCUCCAGGGCAGGGCUCCCUCC